AUGUCUCUGGCCCGCGGGCCUCGCGCACCGCAGCGCCGUUCUGACGGGUUGGGCCCGGCGGCGGCGGGCGGGUGGCCGGCGGCGCCAGGUGGGUCCGCCGGGGGCAGCCGGGGCGGGGCGGCCGGCGAGGGCCUCCGGGGCCUGAUGUUCGAGUGCGGGCUCUGCAUCCACUCGCAGUGUGUUUGCGGGGCUCGGAAAGACGACGCUCAGGGUCUGCUCAAGGACCUGGAGUCUGGUGUGCAGACUCCCUCAGGAACAGGCACCCCGUCAAGGAGGAGGAAGAGGAGGGACGCACAGACGUCCAAGGAUGUGGGGGUGCUGGAGGAAUGUGAGCCGUCUUUCAACAGCAACAUCACAGCAUUUGCACUGAAGGCAAAAGUCGUCUAUCCCAUCAAUCAGAAAUUCCGGCCUUUGGCCGACGGUUCCUCCAACCCGUCUUUGCACGAAAACCUAAAGCAGACUGCUCUGCCGAACCAGGCGGUGGAGGCCUCGCCGUCCAGCAGCCUGGGGAGCCUGAGCCAGGCCGGCAAGGACGACGGCAGCUCCUCGUCCAGCAUCCACUCGGCCACCAGCGAUGACAGGUUCCUCAGCCGCACCUUUCUCCGGGUGCACACCUUCCCCGAGGUGCUGACCUGUGAGAGUGUAGACAUUAACUUGUGUGUCUACAACCUUCACUUAAAAGACCUGCUGCAUUUGGACUCGUUGCUGAGGCGGGAAAAGCACAUGAUGUUUAUUCAGAUUUUUAAAAUGUGCCUUCUCGACCUUCUCCCCAAAAAGAAGUCUGAUGAUGAAUUAUACCAGAAGAUUCUUUCAAAACAAGAAAAUGAUUUGGAGGAAUUAGAAAAGGAACUUCAGACCAAGCUGUCAAAUACAGAAAUGUUGGGUGCUGGUGACUCUGGAUAUAUCAGCCUGGCCGACGUGGAAAGGAAAGAGAGAGAAUAUUCUGAGCAGCUCAUAGAUAAUAUGGAAGCUUUCUGGAAACAGAUGGAACACAUCCCACACUUUCUGGUGGACCAGUUUAAGUGUUCCAGCUCCAAAGCUCGGCAGCUCUUGCUGACGGUGACAGAAAGAAUGACUGAAGCCGAGGGUUUACUGCGGGAAUCUCAGGACGUGCAGGCUCUGGAUAUCCUGGGGAGAACCCUGGCACGGGAGCACAUGGCCAAGAUGAUCGAGUGCCUGAAGCUGCAGAUCCAGGAAGAGACCAGGUGCCGGCUGGCCGCCAUCUCCUGCGGCCUGGAGCUGCUGACGGUGGAGGGGAAGCUCUCCGGGCAGCAGAGGGAGGAGCUGCUGACCCAGCAGCAUAAGGCCUUCUGGGAGGAAGCUGAGCACUUCACCAGGGAGCUUGUCCAGUGGGGCAAAGACCUCGUCAGAGCAUCGCUGGCUUACCAGGCGGAGGCCAUGGGCAGACUCGCGCUGGCCCACGACGAUGAGCAGAGAGGCUUCCUGGCCGAGGCUCAGCCAGCCGCCGACCCGGAGGGAUUCCUCAAGGCGUUUCACGAGGUCCUGGAGAGGCAGAGGCUGACACGGAGCCACCUGGAGGAAGAGGACGACAUCAAAACUACUGAGGCCAUGGCUAUGCUCUGCCAGGAGCUGUACCACAGCACUGUCGGAACUUUCCAGAAGCUUGUGGACGUCCUGUUCCUCCAGACACUCUCGGAUGUGACCGGCCUCUCCCAGGCAGAGUGUGAAUAUUUGAGACAAGAGGUCCAGGAGAAUGCCGCCCGACAGCUGGGGAAGUCAGACCGCUUCCGGAAACAGCAGUGGAAACUCUUUCAAGAUGUCCAGGAGCAAGAGAAGCAGCUGUGGAUGGAAGAGCAGGCAUUGUCCACUGUGCUACAGACACACUUGCGAGAAGACCACGAGAGCAUCAUCCAUGGGGUCUUGAACCGCCUCAGCGGCCUCAGCGAAGAGUCCACGCAGUGCGUCCUGCAGAGCCAUGAGCUGCUCCUGCGCUCGGUGCUCCGCAGGCUGGCGCUCCGCAGCAGCACCAUCACCACCCUGGCCCAGAUGAGACUGUCUGGAAAGAAGAGCCUCCUCCAGGAGCUUCGUGAGCAGCACGCCCUGGAGCAGGGCUCCUCCCAGUGCCUGGACGAGCACCAGUGGCAGCUGCUGAAAGCCUUGGAGGCGCGGGUCCUGGAGGAGGCCAGCAGGCUGGAGGAUGAGGCACAACAUACCCGGCUGCAGCUGCACCAGCAGUUCCUGGCCGAGGCCCGUGAAGCCGGGCGGCUUCUGCAACAGCACAUGGAGCGCGAGGUGGGGCAGGCACUGCUGGGACACGCGCGGAACGCAGCCACCAGGAGCCGGGCCAAGGAUAGGGAAGACUUCAAGACAUCGCUGAUGGAGGCAGCCAUGGAGAGCGUCUACGUGACCAGCGCCGGUGUCAGUCGGCUGGUUCAGGUGUACUACCAGCAGAUCGGGAAGGUGAUGCCGGACCACGAGGAGAGGAGACUGCAGCAGCUGAGGACCCUGCAGGGUGAGAGAGUGGAAAACUUCAAGCUGCAGAAAAAGCAAGAACUCGAUGACCAUUCACCAGGGGCCAAGAUGGCAGAUGGAGCCCAUGACGCCCCCCAAGCCAUCCACCAGAGGAUGUUGUCACAGCAGAAAAGGUUCCUGGCCCAGUUCGCCAUGCAUCAGCACCUGCGCCUGGACUCCGGGAAGCAGAAGGCCAGAGUCAUGGAACUUCUGGAAGAGCAGUUGGAGACCCAGCUCCAGGAAGCCGAGCAGAGCUUUAUCUCGGAGCUGGCUGCACUGGCCCGGGUGCCCCUGGCUGAAAACAAAGCAUCGUCGAGUAAGCGCGGGCUGCCGGAGAAGCCCCUGAGGACCAAAAGGAAGAAGCCCCCUCCCCGGGACAAAGGGGAGCCAGGGGCACUCAACGAUGACGACUCCGCUUCUGGGGGUCACACCGCAGGACCGCUCAGCCAAAGACCGAGUCAGCAGGACAGUGACGUCGGUGCUGAGAACGCCAGGAAGGUGCUGAAGAAGAGAAGCGAUUUGUAG